AGCGCCUCCACCACCGACGGCAUGGAGGAGGACGUAUUGAACGCACUGCAAACGCGUACGGCCUACUUACCCGGCGGUUACGAUCGUACGGGCAAAAUCAUCGUCGUUGUUAACAUCAUCAAUGAUUUACAAUUGUGGAAUCGCAGAUGUUUGGAGCUAUCGAUUGCCUACUUAAAAAGUGCCUUGAGCGCCGCCACUUUGCAACGAGGCGUUACCGUCAUUGUGGAUGCGCAGAAGAGUACAACGCGUAUUACACGUACGCAUGCGCGUAUUAUUUAUGCGCUCUUCGAUGAUAUUACAGUCAAUUUAUUUCUAGUCAGAGCAGAGGGCUUCUGGGAGAAGCACGUGGAGACAUGCACCAGCAAAUCACAGACGAAGGGAGAGCCCAUUGUGCUUUCGAAGGCGCGUUUAAUAAAAUAUUUCGACUUGUCACAAUUGCCAGAAGAAUUGGGCGGCUCAUUGUCAAUUAACUACGAUUUAUGGCUGCAGCAACGAAAGGCCAUUGAUGAAUUCCAAAAAACUUUUGAUUCAACACUUAACAGCAUGGAAAACCUGCAUGUAGUGCUGUUGAAUAAUAAAUCAUUGCGCCCAACGGAAGCGGAUGCGGAGCUGAAGAAGUGCGCACAGCUGCAUACGAGCGUGCAACAACAAAUUGAAGUGGUCAUAGAGUUAGGUAAUCGUGUACUCAAUCGGCUGGCCGAGGCUUAUGCGCCCCCCAAACACGUAUCCGCGCAUGCCCAUUCAUGCAGCGAAAGUUUAGCCACUCCAAAACAAAUGCCACUCACCUCACCUGCCAUAAGCACACCAACAGCAACAACACUAUCCUUUCAAGAUCUAAAUAGUAGUAGCAUUCAACCGCCUCUAAAUACCACCUGCAACACACCCGCCACACGUUUGCCGCUCCCUCCGGACCUUCAAUGCGCACGGGCACGCAUCGAAUUACUGCUGAAUCAAAUUGAACGCAAACAAACUGAAAUACGCACGGCGUGGCUGGAACUCUUGCAAAGCAUACGUGAAGCACGCGAACUGGCGCAUCUGGAAGAGGGUGUCGCCUUCGUUACCAAUUGGAUUCUGCAAACAGCCGAACACAUGCUCAGUCGACAGUACAGCAUUGGUGGCGAUGUGCAUAGCUGUGAGACGUUGCGUGCCGCACACGAUGUACUCGAGCUGGAGUGCCGCGAGACAUAUGGUUUCUAUGCGGAAUUACUGUAUAAGAUCGACGCCUUUGCUGGGGUAAAGGAUUCGUAUGCGUACAAGGAUUUAAUGUCACAACGUGAUUUCAUGCAAUUCGUUUGUCGCUCUUUUGCAACGCGUCUGGAGCGGCGUCGAAAUGUACUCAUCACAUCGUUGCGGUUUUUUCGACUCGUUAGCGAGUAUUUCGAUCGGACGACUGCGGUUUUUGAAACACUAGUCAUGGGAAAUAAAAUAGCAGAGGAGAACUUUGAGGCGGCUGCGGAGAAUUUGCAGCAAUUGAAGGAGAGUCAGCUGAGCUUGACCAACCUGGAACGCGAACUCGUUAAAGAGGGCGAAAAACUAAGCGAUAUGCUGGCGAUGCCGGUGAAAGAUGCGCUUGGCCGUGACCUACACAUCGACUACAGCGACGACAUCUGUAAUGUACGCGAUAUUUUGGAUACAACGCUGGCGCGGCGAAACAUCUUCAGCGACAGCGUCGAACUGCAGAAACUCACCUUGGAACAAGUGACACACAUUUACACGUACGAACAGGAUGCCCGCAUGGCCGUUAAAUGGAUGGAGGAUUUGUACAAUGUCAUGAUCAAGUGCCAUUCGCAUGUCGGCUGCAAUAUACACGAGAUACAGGUGCAGAAGGAUGAAUUGCAGACAUUUCAAGAAACCGGAAAGAGUAUCUACAACUAUGGCUGUCAACUAUUGGAAGCUUCACAAGCGCUACGAAUUUCCUGUCGUCUAGAUGCUGAUGCCAUUCCACAGCGCAUGUCACAGCAAUUACAAUACACUUGGCAUCGAUUGCUGGCCAUAAGUCAGGAGCAUAUGACUCGUUUGCGCGUCUCAGCCGUGUUCCAUCGCAGUGUCGAGGAGUAUAGCCAACAAUUACAGGGGCUACGCUUAUCGGUGCGCAAUCUAAAGCAGACGCCUAACAGCAGCAGCGGCAUUAGCAGCGAAUCGGACACACGAGCCUCGCCGCCAAUCAUUAUUGGCGGCAGAGAUGGUGAUGCUGUAGACGAAGAGGGCCAUAGCGUUGGUGGAUAUGCGGACAAAUCGACAACGACAGCGACAACGGCAACGAUGACGACAACGGCGACGAUGACUGCGAUAAAGACGCCAACAGCAGGUGGAACAGCAGCAUUGCUGCGUGAUCAGCUGCGCAAACAUUUGGUGGUACGCGAACAGCUGCUGCUUGAAGUGGGUCGCAUGGUGCGGCUGGGCAGAUUGUUGAAAACUCGUUUGAAAGAACCAUUCAUCUUGAAUGCCGUAACGGGGAUGAGCAUUGCAGUUGAUGAGUUGGCAACGGAUAACUCUAGUCCUGCCGGUGAUAUGCUCACGCAGUCUUCCAGUUCAGAUGGCACAACAACCAAUGAGAGCAUCGCUGAGUCCAGUUCGAUUGUCAUAAAACCUACGGGUAACAAUGAAAUCGCAUGCACGGCCAUUUCGAAUAAGCUGCAGGAGAUCGCUGAGGUUGCUGAGUCUUUGGAUGCCUCUAUACGCGAUGUGCAACAGGAUGCUGAGGCGUUGGAGGUGAAUUUAACAGGCAGUGCUGCGAAGAAACGGGAGGCUAUGAGGAGUAAUAGUAGUGAGGACUGGCACUCACGUUCAACAGAGGAUGACUCUUUUGUUACCACCUCCGAAGGCAAUUUCACGCCGCAUUCCCACUCAUCUUCGUACCACACAGCCUCUGGACGCACUUCUUCGUACAUUAGCUCCGAUAAAAACUCGUUUGAUGUGAGUGAAGCUGAUGAUUCGACUUUUGCAUCUGCCUAUGAAAUUCCCGCUGACAUUAAUAUGUCCUUCGAUGGUUCGGAACAAAGUUUUGUAUCUGCUCAACAGCAAGAGUGUACACCUUCACCACUUCAGCAACACCAACAACAACAGCACCAUACGGAAGAGCCAAUUGGUAGUGGCGCCUACGCAUUGCCACCCGCCGCUGACGAAGGCGAUGGCGAUGGCAGCAGCAUCGCUGACGUUGAGGAGUUGCACAGCCAAAGUGUUACACCUACACCUGGUGAUGGUGAUGUGGAGCAAUAUAAUUGCCAAAGUAUACCCGUCGAGUCAGAAUCCGAAUUAGAUUCAUCUUUUAUAGUCGAUGCACCAUCCAUAGCAGUGCUAACGGAAGAAACAGUGCCGGUCACAUCGGUGACACCGGAGGUGAGCACGUGUUCAAGUACUGAGCUGCAGCAGCAAAUGCAAAAUCACAACAAUAAUAAUACUAACAACAGUAACACUAAUAGCCAAAAGCCAAAUGCCGCCUGGCGACGCAGCAAAUAUUAUGAGAAUAUAACCAAGCAGACCAUUAAGGGAUUUCUAUAGGCGAACAUCGUGCGGGGGCGGCUCCAACAAAUGACAAUGCCAACGCUAACGCGAUGCUUUGCAUGCGUUCCUUUUCACACACA